AUGAGUGAAGUGUACCUGAACAGCGUGCGCGAUGCUGCCGAUGCGGAGGAGCUGGUCAGGCAGAUCUGUGCUCUGGUCGAAGCCAAUGAU